AUAAAUAUGUAUCAUUUGUAGUCCAACAGAUUAAGAAUUCAAUACUUACCUACUUAAGUCAUCAGUUAUAGAAAUUAUGUCCGAGGAAGAUAAAAUUGAAGACUUUGCAUGUGUAGAAGAAUCUCCCAAAAGAGGACCUACUCUUUCAACUAGCACUAGUAGUUUUGAACGUAAUGAUCCUCAUGAUCCUAAUUUAAGCUUAUUAUCCACUAAAAUGUUUGAAAAAACGUCUGAAUAUUUGAUGGGAGAACUUAAUAUUACUGAGGAGGAUUAUAAAUUAUUGGAAACCAUGAAUAAAGUCACCAUGCAAAAAUAUGCAUCUUAUAGACAAAUUGCUUCAGAUGUUGGCAAACAAAUCAUUGAACUAAAUGAAAAAUAUAAAUCAUUAGAACCAUACCUUUCUCAAAUUGACCUGAUUGAAGAUAGUGUUUCAAAACUAGAACAAGCAGCGUUUAAGUUAGAUGCAUAUGCCAAGAGAUUGGAAGCAAAAUACAAAAGUUUAGAAAAACGACAAUAAUUUUAAUCUUAUUUUAUUUUUUUUGUAUCCUGUGAUAAGUUUAACAUAAUUACCUAUAUUGAAUAAUAAAUAAAUAUAUCAACUAUUAAUUUCUUUGAAUUAAGGUACAUUUUAUUUUCAUAUUUUUUAGAAAAUUGUACAACAAUUAUAUAGUUAGCUAAUAAGACUUUUUCAUAUGUAUUUGAAUUUGAUUCAAAUUAAAACUAUGUUUCAUUAUUUGGUAAUCUAAAUACAAAUAUUAAUUAAUGCUAGUUAGCUAAUAAGACUUUUUCAUAUGUAUUUGAAUUUGAUUCAAAUUAAAACUAUGUUUCAUUA